GGCCCUCGCGCGCGUGGCGUUCAGCCCCCACCACACCGUUGUAGCAGCACUCCUCCUGCCAGACCUUGGGCACGGCACCGAUGGAACUGCAAGAGCUAGCAAAAACGUUAACAAUGGCGCCCGUCUCCUUCCUCGAGUUUUCGCUCGCCUUGCUCUGCCUCGCCGUCCUCUACUACCUCCACGUCAGGUCCAGGCGCAAGAACCCACUGAUCCCGCUGGAUUGGCCGGUCGUGGGUAUGCUGCCGGCGCUCCUCGUCAACCUCCCGCGCCUCCACGACUGGGUCACGUCCCUCCUCAGCACCACCCAGCUCAACUUCCGCCUCACCGGACCACCGCUCUCGGGGAGGCAUCUUUUUUUCACCUCCGACCCGGCCAACGUCCGCCACGUCUUCACCUCCAACUUCCCCAACUACCCCAAGGGCACUGAGCUCGCCGAGAUCAUGGACAUCCUCGGCGGCGGCAUCUUCAACGCCGACGGCGACUCUUGGCGUCGCCAGCGCGCCAAGGCGCAGUUGCUCAUGUCCGGGCCACGGUUUCGGGCCUUCGUGUCCCGGUGCAGCCGCCUCAAGGUCGAGCGCGACCUGCUCCCGCUGCUCGACCACGUUGCCGCCACCAGCACCGGCGGCGUGUGUGACCUCAAGGACGUGUUCCUCAGACUGACGUUCGACAUGACGGCAACGCUGGUGUUCGGCGUCGACCCGGGCUGUCUGACCGUCAGCUUCCCGGAGGUGCGUUUUGCACGCGCUAUAGACGACGCCAUGGACGUGCUCCUCGUCCGCAGUGUGCUCCCACUGUCGUGGUGGAAGCUGGUGCGGUGGCUCGGGGUCGGGUACGAGCGGAAAAUGACGGUGGCGCGGCUCGACAUCGACGGGUUCAUCGGCGACGCGAUCGCCAAGCGGCGGGACGCGGUGAAGGCCGGACGUGUGAUCGAGGACGACGACGAGGACUCGGCAGACUUGCUCUCCUCCUACAUCGAUGAGGACGACGAUGCCGUUGACGACGUCAUCCUGCGUGACACGACCAUGAACCUUAUGCUCGCCGGCCGCGACACGACCGGCUCGGCACUGUCCUGGUUCUUCUAUCUCCUCACAAUGAACCCACGGGUGGAGUCCAAGAUCCUGGCAGAGCUCGACACCAUCAAGGCCACCACCAGCACCACCCUAGACGACAUGGUGACCUACGACCCCGAUGAGCUAGGCCGGCUGGUGUACCUCCACGCCGCCCUGUGCGAGUCCCUCCGGUUGUACCCUCCGGUGCCGUUCGAGCACAAGGGCGUGGUCGCCGCCGAGGCACUGCCGAGCGGGCACCAGGUGCGGCCGGGGGACAAGAUCGUGGUGUCGCUGUACGCGAUGGGGAGGAUGGAGGCCGUGUGGGGCGAGGACUGCCGGGAAUUCCGGCCGGAGCGGUGGAUCGGGGAGGAUGGCAAGCUGCGGUACGUGCCGUCGUACAAGUUCGCGUCCUUCAACACUGGGCCACGAACCUGCCUCGGCAAGGACAUGGCGUUCGUGCAGCUCAAGGUGGUCGCAGCGGCCGUGGUGCGGAACUUCGAGGUGGAGGCCGUGCCGGGGCACGUCGUCGAGCCCAACAUCUCAAUCAUCCUCCACAUGAAGAACGGCUUCAAGGCUAGGAUCAAGAGAAGGAGGCAGGAAGCAACUAUGAUUGGGAUGCACACUCGUGGAAGGAGGUUUCCUGUCAAAGGAACGCUGCUUGAGCUGCUGAAAUAUUCAGAGAUUGCUGACGCAAUUAAGCUAUAUACCAUUCUUUGAUACAUGAAGAUUUUACUGCCAACUAAAUAAGCAACAAAGACAUCUGCGAGAAAUAUAUUCAGCUCAUGUAAGCAAGCACCAUUGCUCCAGUACCGUAGAGAACACCUAAGUGAGCAUAUGUCAACGCAGCAAAAUCUAUAUUAAAAGUGUUGCAACUUCUCAAUGUUGUGUAAACUCCCCCAACCAAGUAGUGAUGAAACAACCUUGUAAUAUUCUGAACAAUUAACAGCACACCACUGAAAUAGCAAUGCACUGUAUUUGUGGUGUUCUAUAGUUAACCGAUGGGUCGAAUUUUUCC